UUAGGGAACACUUUAGAAUGUCUAGAGCAACUUUAGAAGAAUUAACUGGUAUUAUUGGCAAUGCAGUGGUAGGACUACAUGUGUAUCAUAAAAUUCCAUUAGAGAAGAAAAUAUUAUUUACGAUAUGGGUAAUAUCGAAAGCAGAAAGUUUCUUGGCAGCAGGAGACCGAUUUGGAAUAGCACGAAGCACUGCUCAUAAUAUAUUUCGUGAAAUAAUAGAAGUUCUCCAUCAUUUAAGAGCACAUUAUAUAAGGUGGCCAGUAGACUAUGAUACAAUUCAAGAGGCAUUUUAUGCUCGAUCUCGUAUCCCUGGUAUUGUUGGUGCAAUUGAUGGUUGCCAUGUUGAAAUUAAGCAACCAAUGGAAAAUGCUAAUGAUUAUUACAAUCGCAACAAUUAUCAUUCCAUCAUAUUGCAAGAUUUUGGCAGUCAAAUAAUUAGUGCAGCUUGUGUAUUACACAACUUUAUCAUUAUGCAUGAUAGUGAAGAUAAUGAAGAGUUUCAGGCUGAUCCAGGAAUUAUAAAUGAGUAUGAUGGUAAUGAGCCGGAUGCCAACAGGAACCUCGCUGUAGAAAAGAGGGCGCAGAUAUCAGAGCAUUUGCUGUUGUAA